ACCAAUUUCUAAAUUCCGGUUUACAGUAUCAUUUCUUCAUGGACAUCAACAUACAAUUUCCCAGCGAUGCUGUCGAGCGUCGUAGGCUUCAAAAUCGAGUAGCGCAACGCAGGUUUCGCCAAAAGAGAGAGAAAGGACGCCAUGUUGCUGUCGAUGAAAAUGAUCACGCCAAUUCUGAAGCUUACCCGUGUUUCGGAGCAUCUAUAACUGGACCCCAGUACCAAAUUCAGUCGCAGCCAUCGCUACCUCACCCUGUGAAUAUAGAUGUGGUUCCACAAAGUGAUUCCACUACUUUACCUGGUCUCCUAUCAACUACCAGCCCUUCACUUCAGGCCGAGGGUAGUUCGAACAAUGCUAUUCAUAUCGAUCCUAACUUCUGGGAUCACAAUGUCAUAGAUGGCUUCUUAUCGAGCACGGUUACGGGGCUUACACCCGAUGCUAACCCUUCACCGCCGUCACAGUUUCUGCGGGAGCUAGACAUAACCCCCGACGGAAUAAUAGGAACCGAUAUAGUCGAUAUAGUCGGCAAUACGAGAAUCUCUCGUCCCCUCCACAAUAACGAAAACGAGCUUCAAGAACCCCGCCCACCUAAUGAUAUACGAAGGCCGCUAAGAUACCGACGCUCAGCACGUCUUAAAGAGUCCCUAGAGUCGGUACGCGGGGACGACGACGACGGAUGGCUCGGUGCUUUGCAUAUUGCGGCUCAGAGUGGACACGAGAGAAUGGUCGACAUACUAAUAGAACAAGGAGAAGACUUCAACGAGAAAGACAGCGAUGGACGUACUCCGCUGAUGCACGCCGUGAUAGGCGGCCAUGAAGGUGUGGCGCAAUUACUACUCGCACGCGGCGCCCAUAUCGCCCCCGUGGACCGAGACGCGAGAUCGGUACUACACUGGGCUGCGUUGUAUCGACGCGAAAGUAUGCUACGUAUGUUUCUCGAAUCGCGGGGUGACUGUGCGGUAGAUCGCCCUGAUGUCGAUGCAUACGACGACUCCGGAUGGACGCCCCUGCACAUGGCGAUCCGUCGGGACUUCGAAGCCGGCGUGCGGAUGCUUCUCCAGGCCGGCGCGCGUUUAGACUCGAAAGCGCAGAAAUGCCCUUUGGCAAGGAAACUGGACGCUUUCGGUUUAUCCUAACAAAUAUUUACUUAUAUUACUUACAUCACGCGACUAUUUACUGGUUUUAAAUCCGAAAGAUCACACGGCGUUCUAGACUAUCUACUAAUGUUUGAAAGUAUAUUUUGCUACUUUCACGGAACGAGAUUGAGUAUCCCUUCAUAUAGUACGAAUAAGGAAAUAAUAUGACCUUCCCGGCUUCUGUGGACAUAGAUUAAACCUGAUAUAACAAAGCUGGACAUAAUAUCGAUGCGCAACUGCGGCUCUCUUUAAAAUAUAUAAAUACAUAAAAUGCUGGCCCUUAUCAACCAUUGAGCGUAUUGUCUCU